UUUUCUAAUUCUAUAAUUUUGUAAUCUCCACUCUCGCCCUUUACAAUUGUACGGCUUCAGAUUCCACCACAUACACAAACACAAAAAAAAUACCGUCUCUCUUUCUCAAAACCGAGAACUACUAGAGAUCAAAGGAAUCACGUUUCUCUCUCUCUUCUUCCUUUCUCUCUGUUUCUGUCUCUUUGUUAGUCCUGCAGAUAUGGCCGGCACUUGCGCCACCGAAGACGGCGGUGGAGGAAUAGGAGGAGCAGGAGCAGGAGAGAUCAUGCUGUUUGGUGUGAGAGUUGUGGUGGAUUCGAUGAGAAAAAGUGUUAGUUUGAAUAACUUAUCUCAGUACGAGCAACCUCAAGAUUUUAAUAACAACAAUAGCAGCAGCAGCAGCAACAACAACAACAACAAACAUGUAACCAAUAGUAAUAGCAAGAAGGAUAAAGAUGAUAUGGCUGCUUCUGGUUAUGCAUCUGCAGACGACGCCGUUCCUCACUCUUCUAAUGCUCGCGGCGAGCGCAAGCGAGGAGUUCCAUGGACGGAAGAGGAGCAUAAGCUGUUUCUGUUAGGAUUGCAGAAAGUAGGAAAAGGAGAUUGGAGGGGAAUAUCUCGCAAUUUUGUGAAGACUCGAACUCCAACGCAGGUUGCAAGCCAUGCUCAGAAGUAUUUUCUUCGCCGUAGUAAUCUUAAUCGCCGUCGCCGUAGAUCCAGCCUCUUUGAUAUCACCACUGAUACGGUAACGGCAUUUCCAAUGGAAGAAGAGCAAGCUCGUCGCCAAGAUAACAGUAGUUCACCACAAUCACAUCCAUUACCUCCUCCGCUACCUGAAACCAGCAACUUUUCUGUGAUGUCAAUGCCGGCCUUUUCCAUGACCAGCAGUCCUGUUGUAUUGCCGAUUCCAAUUGAGACUCCAAUGCAGAACUUAUCUCUAUUACAAGCCAAUUCAUCGACAACUCUAAUCCGACCCAUAGCUGUCAUCCCAGCUCCCCCUACCUCUGGAAUAUCUGAUAUUAACUUAAAUUUGAAGGCAUCCACAGACUCAUCACCAAACUUGUCACUCAAGCUCUCUCUGCCAUCUGAUCAGAGGGAAUCACCAUCAUCAACAAGGUAUUCAGCUUUUCAGGUGAUGCCCAGCUUCAACAAUGGAGAUGGCAUAAUUACUGUUGCUUGAGGGAAGAGGAUAAUAAGUGAAUAAUCUUUAGAUAAUAUGGGGGUUAGAAUCAGAAGACUAAGAAAAAGUAAAUUAGAUGACUGGAAAAUUAUUCCUUUCUUUUAAUGUACAGACCAGACAAAAGAAUUGUCAUCUCUUGUUGGUUCUUGUUGUUUUUAUGCUUAGGGCUUUGUUCGUUUGUUUGUAGUUUGACUGAAAGAAAUAAGUCCAAGUCCUUUGUUUAUGACUGA